AUGAUUUUCAUUUUCAACCAGAUCCGUUCAAUAUUUACAGCUUUGCACACGCCCACUCAACAGAUUCAAUUAUCAAGAAGGGCCUUUUUCCAGUUCUUGGGCUAUUUGGGUAGUUGCGUUGUGAUUUCACUGGCAGCUCAAUCAAAAUACGUGCAGUAA